AUGCAUCUCAGGAUGCGAAUACCUCCUGAUAUGCCUCCUGGCCCUCGCGAACAUUUACCCAGGGCUUUGCACCGCCGGGACGACAUCGAUCCCAGGAAAAUCACCAUCAUUGGAAUUCUUGCCGGCCUAGUCCUACUCAUAUUUGUCGCCUUCAUCAUUUUUUCUCUCCGCGCCUCUCGCCGAGGCCACAAAACCUCCAAUUCCUCGAGCGGCUUCCUCAAGAUAUGGAACGGUGGCGCAUCAAGGAGCAGAUACCACCAAGCCCAGAACGAGAAUUCCAACUCCACCGAACAGUUAACAACUCGCCGCCCGCGCCCGUCAUCUCUCAACCUCGAAUCGUCGACCAAUCAACCCCAAGCCGAUAGUCGAUCCCCCAAUAGCGCCGUGAACCGCAACACUUCUAUCCGCUCUAUUAUGACUUUACCAGCUUACAGGGCCGACGCAAACGACAAUGAACAGGUCCUGGGUCGCGAAGGUGAACGUGGCGGUGUUGAUGUUGUGAUUGAGUAUCCUACAGAGGAAAACGAAGAGGAGUUGCGCGACCAAGAAAUGGAAGCUUUAUACCAAAUUCGUCUCGCUCGCCGUCAAGAACUUGCCGAACGUGAAGAGAGAAGGCGAGAGCGCCGUGAAGCACGAGAGCGCGGCGACCAUGUUGCGCUAGAAAACAUUCGGACAAGAGCUCGAAACGCUAGCAGCAACAGUGUCGUUGCAGUCCUGCGCGAGGAGCACGAACGUCUCAAGGUCGAACGUCAGCGAGCUGUCUCCAGCGUAUCAUACGCCGACCUUGGCGUCGCUCGUCAUGACGGCACCCGAAUCCGAGCCAAUAGUCAGGAAAGCGAAAGGACCGGCUUGUUAUCCGACGCUGCUAGUAUUGCCGCCACAUCCACCCGGUCCGGCAUCGACUCGGCCACCAACCACAGGAGGGGCAGCUCCGUCAUGAGCAUUGACAGCGAUUUCCCCUCUCCUGGACUCCCCAGGUCCCGUGCGAACUCGCGACCGGAAACCCCACGGAUAGACACCAGAGCCGGUGCAAGCCCAGAUAUCGUCGAGGCUGACGUAGGAGAAGCUGGCAUUCCCAUUUACUCUCCUCCCGGAUACGAUGAAGUUCCCCUCGACGACGAUCCCUCCCGAAGCGCUACUCCUCGACCAACUACUGAACCCCCUCCGGGUUACUCCGGACCGGCCCAACAACGCGACGAGGACCUUGCCGCAAACAUGGCUGACUUGGCCGCCGAGGAGCAAACAACAGCUGGCCCUUCUGCUGGUCCGUCCACUGGUUCGGCUACAACCCCGUCUAACCAGCAGAGAAAGAUACCACAACUACCUAGUUUACGAUUGCAGCAGCUGCCGCAGAUCGUGAUUGAGCCAUCCAGCGCCAGGCCGCACGACGACAGGUGA